GGAGAUGAAGUUCUUCAGAAGAUGCUGCCUGUGAUUACAGCAACUAGAUCAGCUGAGUUGUGGGAUUGUGGUGUCACAGAUGAAGGUUGUGCUGCUCUGGCUUCAGCUCUGAGACCAAACCCCUCACACCUGAGAAAAAUGCAUCUGUCUGGGAAUAAACUAGGAGACUCGGGAGUGAAGAUGAUUUCUGCUGUACUGGAGAAUCCUCACUGUAAACUGGAGGAUCUGGGGUUCAGUAAUUGUGGUGUCACAGAUGAAGGUUGUGCUGCUCUGGCUUCAGCUCUGAGAUCAAACCCCUCACACCUGAGACAACUGAAUCUGUCUGGGAAUAAUCUAGGAGACUCGGCAGUGAAGAUGAUUUCUGCUGUACUGGAGAAUCCUCACUGUAAACUUGAGAAGCUACAGUAA